AUGGUGGUAGAGGGUUCCUCCGAUAUGGCCGGCGUGCCUUUUAAGGCGGCACUUCCCCGAAAGAGUGCCUUCUCGUGCGAGGCUUGUCGCAAGCGCAAGGUCAAGUGUAACGGAGCUAGUCCGUCGUGUUCGCGCUGCGCCGCGAGAGGCGAGCCGUGUGUUUACAGCUUGGCCCCGACCUUAUCCUAUACCAAACAGCUGGAAACCCGGGUUGGGCAGCUGGAAGAUGCGCUGUCUAAGCUUCGCGGUCAGCAGGCCGAGGUGGAAGCACGCAAGGGUAGCUCUCCAGCUUCGGUGGCCGAGUCCAGCUCGAGCGCCGGCCGCCGAAUCAAGACGGAGCUUGACGACGCGCAUGAUCUCGCGAGAGAGUUUGACGGGUUGAACGUUGAAAAUGACGGUCGCAUCUCUUUCCAUGGCCCAACCAGUCUGUUCCAGCUCCCUAGCGGGCUGGUCAGCGAAACGGCGUCAACCGCGAAUUUCGCCCAUGAGAUCGAGGCCCGCAAGGAGCGGCUGAUCAACAGUGCAUGGCGGGAACGGGCUUUUGAGCAGAUGGCUGCAAUGCCGGAGCCUUUCCAAUACCUCCUCGACUCCCAUUGGUGCUGGAUCCAACCGCUUUUCAACUUUGUCUAUCGCCCUGCAUUUACACGUGAUAUGAAAAUCAACGGACCUUAUUAUACGGACAUCCUAAUGAAUGCCGUGCUCUCCCAUUCCGUGCGGUGGUGCAAAGCGGAACCUCAGAUCGGCCCGCUUUUGGACUCCUAUGAGGGUGGGGCACUAUUCUACCAGCGGGCCGUGACGGAGAUAUUCGACUCGCUUAAAGUGGGAUAUGCAGGCAUCCCGACGAUUCAAACGUUGCUGCUUCUCAGUGCGCAAGAAUGCGGUCGCGGCAACCGUACGCAGGCAUGGCUGUAUAGCGGGAUGGCCUUCCGCCUACUGGAUGACCUGGGAAUAUCGAUCGACAGUCGGAAGUAUCCCGGAUCGGCACACCUGAGUGAUGAAGAUAUCGAGAUCCGCAAUCGACUCUUCUGGAGCUGUUUUUUCUGGGACAAGAUUAUUUCCCUGUACUUUGGUCGUGCCCCGGCUAUGCAACAUUCUCGUGUCAGCCCGCCGCGCAUGAUCCUCGAUGAUACUUCCGAGAUCGAAAUCUGGACUCCGCAUGGAGUUAGCUUUCCCGACGGUGCACACUAUCCGCCCACACAGGCACAUUCAACCACGUGUUUCAUCCAGAUAUGCGGGCUAUCCGAGAUCUUGAACCAGAUCCUGGUCCAUAUCUAUGAUCCGAUGCGUCAAAGCACCGAGGCCGAGUUCUUCGACUGCGUCCAAGAACAAGCCAGAAAUCUGAGCGAAUGGUGGGACGAGCUCCCCGAAUACUUGAGGCUCACGGCAAUGGACCUACCACCGUACUGCCCGCCAAGUCAUAUCAUGACCCUUAACUGUCUAUAUCACACUGUUAAUAUCCUGCUCCACCGCCCCAUCCUCUGCUCCCGCAGUUUGUUGAAGACUCGGCAAGAUGCAUAUGAUACGAGCCAUCUCGUCCAGUGUAUGGCAUCGGCAACGACCAUCCUAUCACUCUUCGAUCUGUACCGUCGGACAUUCGGCGAUAACCACGUCGUCCUCUCUCUCGCGUAUAGCGUCUACACCGCGGCCUCGAUCUUCCUGCUCGAAAUUCAGGCAUUAAAAUACGCUGCACCCGGCACACUAGACAAGCUCAAGUUCUGCAUCUUCGCCCUGGAACGAAUCAAGGUCUCCAACCCAGUCAUCACAACGGCCCUCAACCUCAUCUACCAGGAACUUCAGAAGCUUCAAAUCGACAUCCAAGCCCCCAUGGGCGCUUCUCCUCCCGAAAAGCCUCAGCCUCAGCCUCAGCCUCAGCCCCAACAACCUUCCCGCCCACCUAACUCUAGCCAAUCCUCUGCCAGCAGCAAUCCAUCGCGCCACAUCUCUCCUAUUAACCACCACCAGCGCCAGCAGAGCAGAGCAACAAUGAGUACACAGGAGACACCAGCACCAAACACAACCGCCUCCAUUCUCCCAGGUUACAACGCCUUCCAACAACCCAUCGGCGGCUUCGACCUCCCACACAUGAACGACGUACCGCACCUACCAACAACACACCUGCUAGGCGGCAUGCCCAACGCGGUGAUGACAGUGGAUGACCCUGGAUCUUACGAGAUAACGCCGGAAGUGUUCGAGGCGUUCUCGUAUGCUCAACCCAUCACGGCGAAUAUGGCGUCAUACGACACGAAUUGGAGCGGAGCUCAAUAA